CACUCGCUCCCCGGUGAAACUUUUGUCACUUUUUUUUUUUUUUUUUUUUUUUUUUAAACAAGUAUAAAGUGCGUAUCGAGAUGCAGGAGGAACGCGGCGUCCAUGUGCGGAGACUCUCUCUUUGCCUGCUGUUGCUGCUGCUGCUGCUUCUGUCCCAGCAGGUACGUGCCUCCCCGGUGCAGAGUCCGUGUUCGGCGCACAAGAGGUUAGCCCGCAUGAGCCCGCUGUGGAGGAUCAUGAACAGCAAACCUUUUGGUGCUUUUUGCCAGAACAACUACGAAUGCGCCACUGGACUGUGCAGGGCGGGACACUGCUCCACCCACCAGCGCCCACCCUCGGAGCCCCUCUACGACUAGACGCAGCCGAAACGGGACUGAAGAGCCGACCCGACCCCCGAAAUACGACCGACACUUGACGCUUUUCACAACUGAUCCUUAAUCCACUUGCGAUUCCUCCAUAUUUUAUUUAUUCCACGGCAUUCACUCAUCGCACGAUUCCGCACGAUUCUGCGGUGCUUUUACAAGCGUUACGAUUCUACGGCGAUGAAGGAAAGACUUGCACGUGGAUGUGGUGCACUUUGAUGAGGAAAUGUAGCACUUUGAAAUGCCAAAAUAUCUUUGUACUGUUGGCUGUCUACUCUGUGUUUCAGCUGCAAUAAAACCCAAACUCAA